CUGUGUAAAGCAAAGUUCGCGGUUAAUUGCGCGUUCCUCUGCUCUAUUCUUUCCUUCUUUAACAGAAAGCCUAAAAUACCAAAUUUUCAGCAAAAAUCUUUUCGCAAAAAAUACAGCCAUGGAUUGGGUUCGAGGUGAAGCGGUUGGCCAUGGAAGCUUUGGCAAAGUCAGUUUUGCAAUACCCAGAAAGCAGAGCACUCAGGUUAUGGUGGUCAAGUCCUCUGCCGCUUCCCGCUCGGCUACUCUGUUGAACGAGAAGCUGAUCUUGGAUGAGCUUAACAGUUGCCCCCACAUCAUCAAUUGCCUUGGCGACAACUAUACAUACGAAAAUGGCGAAAAGAUAUACAAUGUCUUAUUGGAGUAUGCUUCUGGAGGUGAUUUAUCAGAGAAGCUCAAGAAUUCCGGUGAUCAUAUAUUGCCGGAAUUUGAAGUCAAAAAAUACACUAAGGCCUUACUUAGAGGGCUGCACUAUAUCCACAAGAGUGGCUAUGUCCACUGUGAUAUUAAACAUCAGAACAUUCUUUUAGGCGAAAAUGGUCAAGUCAAAAUUGCUGAUUUUGGAUUGGCAAAGAGAGCCGAACACAAGAAAAAUGACAAAUUGCGAUGUGAAUUGAGGGGCACUCCAUUGUACAUGUCGCCGGAAAUGGUUACCGGCGGCGAACAAGACUCUCCCGCCGAUAUCUGGGCACUUGGGUGUGUUGUGGCAGAGAUGGCAGCAGGAGUUCCAGUUUGGAAAUACUCAAAUAUAACCCAACUAUUGAUGGCAAUUGGAAUUGGUGAUCAAUUGCCUGAAUUUCCCGCGAAAUUAUCCGAGGAGGGAAAAGAUUUUCUAGGAAAAUGCUUUUUGAAGGACCCAAGAAAGAGAUGGACGGCUGAGAUGCUUCUGAACCAUCCCUUUGUUGCUGAUCAAGAUUAUGAUGAUGUCACUGUUACCUUGAAUGACGAAACAUGCGGGAGUGGCAGUCCUUCGACGUCUCCUAGGUGCCCAUUUGAUUUCCCAGAUUGGGUCUCUAAUGCUUCUGCUGCAUCAGCCAUUACAUGUUCAAUUACAUCUCUGCCCUCGCCGGCAAUUCAAGAAUUGCUGAAGUUUUGCGGCGGGUCAUGGUCAACAAAGCCGGCGGAGAGGCUGCGGGAGUUAAUCAAUGAAGGACCUGAAUCUGAGUGGUCCACUGAUGAUGGCUGGGUCUGCGUUCGGUGAUGUCUAUCUCAAAUUAUUUUAAAUUUAAGUGAUAGAAAAAACCAGAGUACUGAAGAUUUUUUUGUUAUCAGCUCUGAUUUUUUUUCCCUUUCACCUUAUUGGUUAGGCAGGUCAAUUUAUUUCUUACUUCUUUAUUAUUAUUUUUUUCGUACAUAGAAAACAAGUUCAUUGUACAUACAAAAGUUGAAAUUAGGAUAUCAUUAACAAAGACAAGUUAUGAAACAACUUGGUUACUUGGAAAAACGACAACUGCAAAAGGCAGCGGAUGCAAUACUUGUGCUUUGGAUAGGAUGUGCUGCAGUUUCUUUCCGCCCAGAUAUUUUGGGCCAACAAUCUAUCACCUAUAUCAUACUCAAUCAUUCAGUU